GAGAAUUCCCCUGUGGUCCGGCACAGAAACAGCUGGAUCAGAUUUGGGCCUCCCGGAUCUCACUGGCGUUUCUGACGGCACUGCUCAGCCUGUUGGUGGCCAGCUUCAUUGGCACUGUGGCAGAUGCGGCGGAGUCCAGUGAAGGAGUCCUGGAUGAGCCUGCCUUGAUGUCAACGGCCAAUCUCUUCCGCCUGGCUCAGCGACGCUUGAGCGCAGGGUCCAAUCCCUUCGAAGGAAAACUGUUCUACGUCAAUCCUAGCUACAGGAGAUCGUUGGAGAGUAGCAUCGCGACAGCGGGAGAGGUGAAGGGAACCUUAGAGUCCAUGCGCGACAUCCCAUCCGCCUACUGGUUGGACAACAAGGGAAACUCGGCGGAGCGCAAAAACUUCUGUUGCGAGCGGAUUCCGGAUUCCAAAAAAGUUAAGCAGUUAAGAAAGAUCACAGGCAGCACGACGGAUUCCAUGGAGGGCAUUUUGGAGGAUGCGUUGAGCAAGCCUGUCCCAGAACUCGUGGUUUUCAUUGUGUAUGACCUGCCCAACCGCGAUUGUCAUGCAAAAGCAUCCAAUGGCGAGAUUUGCUGCAAGUACAAGGCGGAUGGCAGGUGUGACUACACAGAUGUCUCUGACGGGCAGUGCUCAGCAGGUUUGAAAGAGUACAAGGAGGAGUACAUUGAUCAGAUUGCUGCGGUGCUUGCCAAAUACUCCGGUCGUGUCCCCAUUGUGCUUGUGAUCGAGCCUGACUCUUUGCCAAACCUUUCUACCAAUCAGGGUGACCCUAGGUGUGGCAAUUCGGCAACAAAGAGUGCUUACAAGGGAGGUGUGAGCUAUGCUGUGAAAGCCUUGAAAGCCGCUGACCCAUAUGCUGCCAUCUAUUUGGAUGCUGGUCACGGUGGAUGGCUAGGAUGGAAAAACAAUAUGAAAGACUUCGUGAGAAUGAUUCGGUCUCUUGAUGUCACAGACCAUAUCCGUGGUUUUGCAUCCAAUGUGGCAGGCUACCAGCAUUUGGGUAAAGCCUGUGGUACUUAUGACUACUGCUUGGGUGGCCAGCACAACUAUGAUGAAUGCUGUGCGGACCCGUGUGGACUGAUCAGCAAAUGGAACCCCUCGCAGAAUGAGCUCAACUAUGCCCUUCACUUGCGGGAGGCCAUGUCAAAAGGCAUUAAUGGCUUUGUCCCCCACAUGAUCAUUGACACCGGCCGCAACGGUGCAUCGGGGAUGAGGAGCGAGUGCAAGAAUUGGUGCAACAUUCGCAAUGCUGGCGUCGGUCAUGUGGCAUCAACGGCCACAGACGUCCCCGACGUGGUGGAUGCCUACUUUUGGCUGAAGACUCCAGGUGAGUCCGAUGGUUGCACAGAAACCUUGCCUGACGGUGGCACAUGUCCCCGUUUUGAUGAGGACUGUGCCUCUCAGGACAGCAUUGGUAGCCACUAUGGGGAGCCGCGUGCACCGGAAGCAGGGCAAUGGUUCGACUACCAAGUGAAGCAACUGGCUCAGUUUGCCAAUCUUCAAUUUGAAGAAUCAACCACCACGACCGAACCGGGAGAGACCACUACGGCAGAAGACACCACCACAGGAUCAACGGAUGGUUCUACCACAGAAGUUUCCACCACCAGUGGGAACCCAAUCCCCAGUACUGGCAACCCUUUUGCAGACAAGGCAUUUUAUGUGAACCCCUCCUACAAAGAAUCCUUGAGCACCAGCAUUGCCACUGCCGACGGGGAGAUUCUGGCCAAUUUGCAGGCAAUGAUGGAUGUCCCCUCAGCAUAUUGGUUGGACCGGAAGACCAAGAUCACAGGCAGCACGACGGAUUCCAUGGAGGGCAUUUUGGAGGAUGCGUUGAACAAGCCUGUCCCAGAACUCGUGGUUUUCAUUGUGUAUGACCUGCCCAACCGCGAUUGUCAUGCAAAAGCAUCCAAUGGCGAGAUUUGCUGCAAGUACAAGGCGGAUGGCAGGUGUGACUACACAGAUGUCUCUGACGGGCAGUGCUCAGCAGGUUUGAAAGAGUACAAGGAGGAGUACAUUGAUCAGAUUGCUGCGGUGCUUGCCAAAUACUCCGGUCGUGUCCCCAUUGUGCUUGUGAUCGAGCCUGACUCUUUGCCAAACCUUUCUACCAAUCAGGGUGACCCUAGGUGUGGCAAUUCGGCAACAAAGAGUGCUUACAAGGGAGGUGUGAGCUAUGCUGUGAAAGCCUUGAAAGCCGCUGACCCAUAUGCUGCCAUCUAUUUGGAUGCUGGUCACGGUGGAUGGCUAGGCUACCAGCAUUUGGGUAAAGCCUGUGGUACUUAUGACUACUGCUUGGGUGGCCAGCACAACUAUGAUGAAUGCUGUGCGGACCCGUGUGGACUGAUCAGCAAAUGGAACCCCUCGCAGAAUGAGCUCAACUAUGCCCUUCACUUGCGGGAGGCCAUGUCAAAAGGCAUUAAUGGCUUUGUCCCCCACAUGAUCAUUGACACCGGCCGCAACGGUGCAUCGGGGAUGAGGAGCGAGUGCAAGAAUUGGUGCAACAUUCGCAAUGCUGGCGUCGGUCAUGUGGCAUCAACGGCCACAGACGUCCCCGACGUGGUGGAUGCCUACUUUUGGCUGAAGACUCCAGGUGAGUCCGAUGGUUGCACAGAAACCUUGCCUGACGGUGGCACAUGUCCCCGUUUUGAUGAGGACUGUGCCUCUCAGGACAGCAUUGGUAGCCACUAUGGGGAGCCGCGUGCACCGGAAGCAGGGCAAUGGUUCGACUACCAAGUGAAGCAACUGGCUCAGUUUGCCAAUCUUCAAUUUGAAGAAUCAACCACCACGACCGAACCGGGAGAGACCACUACGGCAGAAGACACCACCACAGGAUCAACGGAUGGUUCUACCACAGAAGUUUCCACCACCAGUGGGAACCCAAUCCCCAGUACUGGCAACCCUUUUGCAGACAAGGCAUUUUAUGUGAACCCCUCCUACAAAGAAUCCUUGAGCACCAGCAUUGCCACUGCCGACGGGGAGAUUCUGGCCAAUUUGCAGGCAAUGAUGGAUGUCCCCUCAGCAUAUUGGUUGGACCGGAAGACCAAGAUCACAGGCAGCACGACGGAUUCCAUGGAGGGCAUUUUGGAGGAUGCGUUGAACAAGCCUGUCCCAGAACUCGUGGUUUUCAUUGUGUAUGACCUGCCCAACCGCGAUUGUCAUGCAAAAGCAUCCAAUGGCGAGAUUUGCUGCAAGUACAAGGCGGAUGGCAGGUGUGACUACACAGAUGUCUCUGACGGGCAGUGCUCAGCAGGUUUGAAAGAGUACAAGGAGGAGUACAUUGAUCAGAUUGCUGCGGUGCUUGCCAAAUACUCCGGUCGUGUCCCCAUUGUGCUUGUGAUCGAGCCUGACUCUUUGCCAAACCUUUCUACCAAUCAGGGUGACCCUAGGUGUGGCAAUUCGGCAACAAAGAGUGCUUACAAGGGAGGUGUGAGCUAUGCUGUGAAAGCCUUGAAAGCCGCUGACCCAUAUGCUGCCAUCUAUUUGGAUGCUGGUCACGGUGGAUGGCUAGGCUACCAGCAUUUGGGUAAAGCCUGUGGUACUUAUGACUACUGCUUGGGUGGCCAGCACAACUAUGAUGAAUGCUGUGCGGAUCCGUGUGGACUGAUCAGCAAAUGGAACCCCUCGCAGAAUGAGCUCAACUAUGCCCUUCACUUGCGGGAGGCCAUGUCAAAAGGCAUUAAUGGCUUUGUCCCCCACAUGAUCAUUGACACCGGCCGCAACGGGGUUGCUGGCAUGAGGAGUGAGUGCAAGAAUUGGUGCAACAUUCGCGAUGCUGGCGUCGGUCAUGUGGCAUCAACGGCCACAGACGUCCCCGACGUGGUGGAUGCCUACUUUUGGCUGAAGACUCCAGGUGAGUCCGAUGGUUGCACAGAAACCUUGCCUGACGGUGGCACAUGUCCCCGUUUUGAUGAGGACUGUGCCUCUCAGGACAGCAUUGGUAGCCACUAUGGGGAGCCCCGUGCACCCGAAGCAGGGCAAUGGUUCGACUACCAAGUGAAGCAGCUGGCACAGUUUGCAAAAUUAUCAUGA